UCCUAUUUCUGGAGUUCCCUCUCUUGUGUUUUUUUUUUUUUUUAAACCAAGUCCAUAUUUGGUGAAUGACGUCACGGGACACCCAGAGAUCCCCUUUAUAACCAUACUGCACCAUCCACGAGCUGUUUGUAAGAAAUGAGAGGCGGCGCAGACUAAUAAGGGUUAACAGGGACAAUCUCCAUCAUGUUUGAGAGGCAGUCGGGCAGAAAAACUGGAGGCUGAUUAGUUUGAAGAGUCGCUGACAGGAUGAGCGCGAGAGUGGCGGAAGAAGUUUCCGUGUCUCUGAGCAGCAUCGUGGACGGUCUCCACAAAGACGUGUUCGCGGCGGAGGGCGGGUUGUCCUCCUCUCAGGUGGUUUUCAAAGAGGAGGCCGAGGAGCAGGAGGGGAACCCCGAGGAUGAGAGCGGUGAUCUCCUGUCUGAGGAGAAGAGCGCACCUGAGCUGCUCCUGCAGGGCGACUUGGCGCAGUACGUGGCCACUUUACGCACGCACCCUGUGGCGUUCACGGGCAAGUUCUCGGUGGAGUCCAGAGGCGCAGGAGGACCUUGGACACCGGGGGACGUUAUCAACGUGGUCAGCGCUGACAUCACCACCCCGGACCCGCUCACGGUGUCUGAAUCACCCGCAACACCCCCCGGUGUUUACGCAGGAGGAGGAGGAGGAGGAGGAGAAGGAGGAGACGCAGGGGACGGCACCAUGGCGCACGGCCACCCGGACAUCAGCCACAUGUACGCGCCCCCUCACCCCCACCCACACCCGGCCCCAUCCUACUCCUGCAGCGGGGACAUGUACCAGGACCCGUCGGCAGGGGGAUACCUGGCCACGUCCUCCUGCGCCGUGUCCUACCACCCGCCCCCGUCCUACAGCUCGGUGCCCAAACCGACAGUGGACGGCGCCGCGCUGCUCUCCAUCAUGCCGGACUACGGGGGCUUCUACCAGCAGAGCUGCCAGAGGGAUGUCCAGACGGCGUUCCCGGAGAGGAAAUCCCUCCCGUACCCGCUGGACUCCCUCAGGGUGCCUCCGCCUCUCACUCCUCUCAACACCAUCAGGAACUUUACGCUGGGCGCGCCCUCAGCGGCCGCCGACGGUCCGAUGGCCGCCGCUUUCCCCGGCCACCAGAGCCUCCCUCUCAGACCGAUCUUAAGACCCAGGAAGUACCCGAACCGACCGAGCAAGACCCCCGUCCACCAGAGGCCGUACCCGUGCCCGGCGGAGAGCUGCGACCGCAGGUUCUCCCGCUCGGACGAGCUGAGCCGACACCUGCGCAUCCACACCGGCCACAAACCCUUCCAGUGCCGCAUCUGCAUGAGGAACUUCAGCCGCAGCGACCACCUCACCACCCACAUCCGCACGCACACCGGCGAGAAGCCGUUCUCCUGCGACCAGUGCGGGAGGAAGUUCGCCCGCAGCGACGAGAGACGGAGGCACAUGAAGAUCCACCUCCGGCAGCGGGAGAAGAAAUCCUCUGCGUCCUAAUCCCGCACCGCGCACGGCCCGAAGCUGCUGAAUGUAAACUUUCUGAACGCCAUAACUUUAAAAACAUCAGGAAGAAUCAGAGACAGAAAUCACGUCUUCAUUAUUUAUCAAUCUCACACUGAAACAUCCUCCCUCAUCCUGUUAAAUUAAUAGAAAUGUGAAUGGAGUUUGGUUUACGCUCCUUGAAACACAAUCAGUGUCGGGACUGCCACAGCUCACUUUAGUGCUCUGUGGCAAGGCAUCAUGUGGACAGUCUAUGCUUCAUAUUCUCAGGGAUUCAGUCACAAUUCAGGCUGCAAAAAGAUGAGACCAAAAGAUGUGCAGGAGGGUUCAGAGCUGCUGCUGCAGCUCCUCCAGCCGAUCAUCUCAGUGGAGUCAGAGGCGACUUCUGGUCCCUCAGCUGAGCUUCACACACAGAACUUCACUAAAACAUCCUGUUCACCAAAUCAAAAUCAGACCAGUUUCACUUCAAAACCACAAUAACGACACAAGAAUAUCUAGAUCCAUCCUCUCCUCCUCCGUCAGCUACAUCAUCCACCUUCAUCACCGCAGCAGAAAACAUCAGCUGGUUUCAGUCCCUCCAGGAGGUCGCAGGCUUCUGUUCUGUUGUGAACUGUCGCAACCCAAAAUGUCCGAUUUCACAGCAGCUUUCUCUAAAAAAUCUCAAUGCAUGUUGCGAGCUUCAUAAGCGUUUCCUCACAAUGAAAUCGCAAAAAUAAAUGGCAGUUCAAUUUGAUGUUAAAUCUCCAAAAACAUUCUCUCAAUCUCAGAUCUCUCAGAUAACUUUAACAUCGUUUCUGAAGACUUUAAACUUAAAGCUGCUACAAGGAACUUUGAUAUUUAGUUGAUUUUGGCGGCUCCUGUGUUUCCAAUCGUCAAAACCACAAAAUAUAACGUCAAGACUAAAGUUAUGUCAAGACGAAUCUCCCUGGAGACUCUUUGCUCAGCAGCAUUAAACUGAGACUGUUUCAGAACCAGUCAAACGUUCUUUGUCGCAGCUUUAGAUGCUGCAUCAGCUUCUGACUGGAUCUGUGGGUGUUUUUAUGUACAAAAGUCUUUCUCAGUACAAACAUUUGACUGUAUUCCAACUCACUGUACACAAAGACGAUUUACAGCUGAAUAUUUAUCGGUCAACGUGUCAUUUCUGCAUCUUCACGACCAGCGCUGCAGGUGAAACUCGUGGGAAACUGAACCGAUUCGUCAAAUUUGCAGGGAAAGUUUCAUUGAUUGGACAAAAAUCACGAAGCCACAUAGAAAGUUUUGUUAAUUUUUGCGAUCACAACUCGCAGCUUCCUGGAGAGACGCCACAUCAAAGUUACAAGAUGUUUUUUAUGUGAGACAAAAACGCAGAGUCAAUAUUUUGUACCGUUGUGACGGCACAAAUCAAAUCCCACUAACGACGUUCAACCGUUUAAAGGUGCAACAUGUACGAAAUAUUGUUAUUUUGCUAAAAUAUUAACUAACCGGCUAGCCUGAAAUCCUCUUUCACCCCCAGCUAGCUGCAUGGCUAACUGAGCUAACAGUAGCUACAGGCAUGUGGUCAUAUUAGCAGCAGUUAGCUGUCACUGCUGAUGUGUCACGUGUUGCACCUUUAAAUCACUUCCUUUACACUAUAAAACAUCAGAAAGUGUUUGAAUGUGUUGGAGAGACGACAGGAGGAGGCGAAGUGUGAUGUCAGCAUGCACCCAAGACAUGUUGUGAUGUCAUAAAAACAGGGCGGGGCUAAGGUGGGGAAGCUUUUUUUAGAAAAAUCAGGUUUUGUAUCAUAUUAGAAAAUGUUGGAUGAUAUAUAUUAAUAUGUUUCACCUGAAGAAGAGACGACUUUGGUUUAAACGUUCUGACGAUGUUUGUAUCGUUUCUACCUGAUGAAUGUGAGAGAAACAGACGAGUCACUGGACAAAACUCAAGUUGAAAGUUGUUGGUUUUUUUGUGUGUUUUUAUCGUUUUUAUGCAAACAAGUCGAGCACUAAAGCUUUUAUUCUGCUGGUCCGAUGACGCUUCCUGUCGAUGCAAAUAAAUGUUGACUUGUCGAGCU